UCCCUGCCCAAGCCAAGCCUGGCAUAAGAGCCUCGCCCGCCCAGAUCUCCUCUCUGCAGGCCUGGCCUGGGAUGGGGUGGGAAUGGCCCGUCCUCCCCCAGGCUCCCAGAUGGGCUAGCAAGGCCGAAGCGAGUGCAGGGCAGCCGAGAGGCCGGAUCCUCCAAGCAGCCGAGCCGCGAGCCUUCCGCUUCUCCCGGGGCAUCGAGCAAGGGCCGGGGAACCAUCCAUGGUGCAACUGUUCGCGCUGGUGUGGCGGAGGCUGCUGCGGAAACGCUGGGUGCUGGGGGUCGUCUUCGGCCUCUCCCUCAUCUACUUCCUCAGCAGCACCUUUAAGCAGGAAGAGAGAGCGGUCCGAGAUCGGAAUCUCCUCCAGGUGCAGACCGAAGACCGCCCCAUUGCUUGGAAAGUGCAGUUCCAUUCAGGGAACAGCAGCCAGCCAAGUAACCAAUGCAGGAAUUCCAUCCAAGGGAAGCUUCUCAUUACAGAUGACCUGGGCUACAUCUGUGAGAGGAGGCAUGUGCUGGUGAACGGCUGUUGCAAUGUCGAUGCCCCCAGUACAAAGCUGUACAGCUGUGACUCAUGCCUGCCCAAUGGCUGCUGCAGUGUGUACGAGGCGUGCGUGUCCUGCUGCUUGCAACCCAACAAGCAACGUCUCUUGGAACGCUUUCUAAAUCGAGCCGCCGUAGCCUUCCGGAACCUGUUCAUGGCAGUGGAAGACCACUUUGAAUUGUGUUUGGCCAAGUGCAGGACCUCUUCGCAGAGUGUGCAGCAUGAAAAUACCUACCGUGACCCUAUUGCAAAGUACUGCUAUGGCGAGUAUCCUCCAGAGCUCCUGCCCGUAUGAAACUGACAAGGAACUCGAGACAGUGCGGGAGAAUGAAGAUGCUAUGAGCAGGAGAGCAACAUGGCAAUGGCUUUUGCCUUUAGAUCCUCCUGCUGCAGUUUGCAGCGAUGCCCACAAAGAACAGUGUCCCUUUAACUGCCUGUUGUCAUCUCCCUGCAGUCAGAAAAUACUCUGAAAGUGAUGGGAAUCCUUCCAGUAUGGAAUCAGGCAUUGAACAGUGGGCCUGGGUCAUUGAGCCCCAUGUUAAAAAUAUGCACGCUGAAGCUGAAACAUAUUGCUCCAUAGAUCACGGACCUUCUGGACAUAGUUAUGAAGAACGACCUAUACCCCACUAGAUGGUCAAACACCCAAGUGACUUCUUGGGGGACUUAUCCUGCACCCACGACACAAACAUUUUAAUGUAAAUAUGAUUUAUUUAUUGAGAUCCCAUGGAAGGUUGCAUUUGCUGAAAUGUGCUGAUGAUUCCUGAAGCAGAAAGGCGCCAGUGGUGGGCUAUGUUUGAAUGCUCGGAAGGCACCUGACUUAUUUCUUUUAACAGGAUUGCUCUUCCAUUUUGUCCAGCCGGCUCCAUUUAUUGGUUAGCACCCACCUGCAUUAACACCUUUAAAAAUGUUUUAAGGAGGUGCCACGUCCAGCUGGGGCCUGAAGUUCUUCCAGAAGUGCAACAGCUCUACAGAGAUCAGUUCCCCCGAAGGAAAUGCCAUCAGAAUGUGGACUGUAUGGCACCAUAUCUCUGCUAAGCUCCGCCCUUUCCCCAGGCUACAAACUGUCCACCACCCCCAAAUCGCCAGAAAUUCCCCAAGCUGGAGGUGCCAACCCUACAACCAUGGUGUAGCAAGCAGCCCUCAUUUUUAACACAGUCUCUGGGCUUUGAACUGGCUGCUUCUAAUGGAGCAGAUAACCAAUUCCUCUACCAGUGGACAGAUUUGGAAUUUAAUAAUUCAACUCUUACGGAUGUUGCAAGAGAAGUUUUCCCCCAAAACCAAGUGGACUGUCAGUGCAUUCACUAGUUUGCAACUGCUCAUUUACAGCAAUGUGCCAGUCUUGAGCAGGAAGGAAAAGGCAACCGAUGAACCAGGAUGUUUUGCAGCUCCAGGUGUGCUUAGUUUGGAGCUGUCAGCCUUUUGAAGAUGCUGCCUCUCCCUCCCAGAGCAUCCACAGCUGGUCUUGUAACUGGUCACCUGCUGAUCUGGACAGAGCCUUCUGCAGGUUCUGAACUAGCCACCGGUGAGAUCUCUGGCUGCAGAAUGCUUUAAUAUUGGUGGGACCCUGUCCUUUCUUCCAAGAGUAUGUUUGUAGACUCAAUGCGUUCUUGAUAUACUCCCUCUCUUCUGAAGAAACUGAAUGAAUAUGAAGUUUAAAAUGGGGAGACACAUGGGCUGGCGGGGGUGGGGGUAGUAGGCCAGUUGGCAGGCUUGGGCUCCUAGUGGUUGCUGUGUUAGGCAGAAAAAUGGGCUUUUGGGGGAGACCUUGAAAGUGUGAUUUUUCCUCCUCUUAUUAUGGUGCACAAGUAAAAAAUACACUCCUUCACAAACU